ACGUCAUGCCGACGCCGUUUCUAUGUUGCAAAUUAGUUUGCGCGCUGCAACAGAGCAACAGCUUAUGCGAAUAGAGCAUACAACGUUUUUUUAAAGAAAUUAUCACAAUAUAAUUUAUGGGAAACAGCCAUUGUAGACCGCGAGAAGGAGGAGAGAAUUUGCGAGAGUAUCUUUCACGUAAAUUCCGUGCCAUUGCAGGAAAACGCAAGAUAGACGAUCUUGUAACGAUUGCAAUUGAAAACGAAAGAGCAGAAAGUAAAGUUGCUGGUGGACAAAAUGAGUUACAUCUGAAUCUGGAAGACAUUGAGGACUACGAGACUGAUUCCGACGACUCUGAAUAUUCUGCUUCCGAGAGAAAUCCUGACAACGCAUCAGCGGGGAAACCCAUAGAUGAAGACAAACUUGAAAAGAAAAAUGAAGUUCAGAUUAUUCACGACCCACCUUCCAGACAGGAAGUUAGUCAGUACAAAGAGGAUAACGACUACAUCCGGGUUCUCCAGGAACAAUUAAAACAAGUGCAGAGUGAGCUUGCUAAUCUACACAGAGGUAAAUUUGACAAACGACAAACGGAAGUCUUUGACAGAGAACAAGAUGGUAUAUACAGCAGCCACUCUUUUCCAAGCCCACAAGUUGAUGAGUCGAAGGCAACGAAUGAUGAAUUAAGAUGUGAAACAGCUGGUCCAACAGAUAUAGAGAUCGUUAGUCAUAGGUCUCAAAGAAAUACCUCCUUACAUGCACAGGGUGAUGUUACAGAUAGAUCAGAUAAGCCCGCAGUGAAUAUCUCAACUGCCGCCGACGACAGUAAGACCGCUUCAGACGUCAAGAUGAUCGUUGCAGAGGACAGAAUGACCGCUGCAGACGUCAACAAUACCGCUGCAGACGUCAGUAAGAUCGUUGCAGACGACAGAAUGACCGCUGCAGACGUCAAAAAGACCGCUGCAGACGUCAGUAAGAUCGCUACAGACGGAAGGAUGACCGCUGCAGACGACAAGAAAGCAAAUAAUGAAGGUCGCAGAAACAAGGUCAAGGGCAUGAUAACUGAAGGUCUUAGGACAAGAAGUGAUGUGAACCACACAAGGACCAAAGCUAAAAAGCCAUUGAAACCUAAGGAAGAAGUCACAGUCGAAGAUGAGACAAAAAUAGCCGAAAAAAUUGCCAAGCUGCAAAAGAGAGACCCAGCACUUCCUCGACCAGAUAAGGGAAUUGUUUAUCCAAAAACAAUGAACAACUUAAGUGACGUAGAUAAAGCUUAUUAUGUUGAGCAGUUUCUCAGAAGUGAGGUGUUCAGACAAAGGUGCCUCAGGAAGUACCAGAAAAGCACGACCUGGAUGAAUGGGCUGUCACCAUUCCAACUGUGGGUGUUAGAGAAUGAAGGCACAGUAGACAUUGAAAAUGUUCUCCACCCACUGGCUAAACGACAAAACAACGCACAAGCCAAGGUCAGGUGCUGGAGAGGAAACACCCCACCACCUCAACCAAAAUCCCCUUAAGUUUUUUUUCUCUCUUUUUCCCCCCUUUUAUUUUAUGUUCUUUUCCUUUCUUUUGCUCAUUUGUUUUGAUAUUUUGUUUUUAUGCAUUUAUGUUAUGAACGCUAAAUCAUUUACACAAUCAUGUUUAUUGGUGGCUUCAUGAAAGCCGUUUACUUCACAAACGCAACAAGACGUCGCUUGGUAAUUGGAAAUCAUGGUUCAACGUUGAUUAAUUAUUGUGUUGGAAAAAGACACAAAGUUGCUGUAGUCAUUAUGCAGUUGUCUGUACUUCAGAUGACAGGUCAGCCUAUUUAUAGCACAGUAUGGAACUGCUUUCGAGGUAGUAUGUGAUAUGCUAAUUAGGGAUAAACAGGGUGUAACAUUUGAUAAACUUCAUCUAGGCGCACAUGUGAUAAACUUCAGUGAGAGGUCACCUGCACAAGGUACCAUAUCAUCGGUUGAUUUGGAAACGAAAUCUACCAGAGACUAAUGGGUAUAAAUUAAAUAUGUGUAUAAACAGUAUUGAAAAGAUACAGGCAUGCCAUAUACAUUCAUAUGUGAUAAACAGCAAGUGUAAGUGCUUUCCGUGUAAAACAGCAAGUGUAUUUGCAUUCUGUUAUAAACAGCAAGUGUUAGUGCUUUUCGUGUUAAUCACCAAGUCUAAUUGCUUUCUGUGAUAAAAGAGGAAGUAUAUAAAUGCUUUCUGUGAUAAACAGGAAGUAUCAUAAACAUUUUAUGUGAUAAACAGAUGUAUAGAGACUAUAUUGUUUUUAUCAGACUAUUGUAUAUUAACAGCUGCCGUGAAAACAAUAUGUUCUGGACAUGUUCUCAAAUUGAAGAACAAUACCAAUGAAAAAAAUGUCACCUGCGAAUGGGUAACAAAUUAAAAACUAACAAACAACUCAAAUUUAAAGAGAAAUGCGGUACAUGGAUAUGUCGGACAACACACAUGUGAGGACAUGUUAGUAGACAAAUAAAAACACGACAUUCAACACAAAUGUGAGGACAUGUUGGUAGGCAAAUAAAAACACGACAUUCAACACAAAUGUGAGGACAUGUUGGUACACUUGACACACAGUAACAUAUACACAAAUGUGAGAAAACAUUGUAUGUGGAAAAUAAACUUGAAUAUGACGGAAAACGCCAUUGGGAAAAUAUUAUGAGUUGAAACAAACACAGACCUCGCAACACAAAUGAGAGAAAAUGUGAUGUGUGGAAAACAAACUCGAAUAUGAGGAACAACACAAAUGAGAAACACAAAUAUUACGGGUUUAAAGAUAUGGACAACAAACUGGAAUAUAAGGAACAACACAAACGAGAAACACAAAUAUUACGGGUUUAAAUAUAUGGACAACAAACUCGAAUAUGAGGAACAACACAAAUGAGAAACACAAAUAUUACGGGUUUAAAUAUAUGGACAACAAACUCGGGUAUGAGGAACAACCACAAAUGAGAAACACAAA